AUAUGACUCAGCUUGUCAUACGUGGAGUAAUUCGAACACUUCACCUCCACCUGAAGUUUGUGCUGAUGAUGUUGUUCAGGAGAACUAUGAGAGCUUCACGACUAAACCAUCCAACUCAGAGAACAAAACUCCACUUGAAUUACAAAUUUUUUACACCAUCUCGAAUUGUAGUCUUUAAUAUUCGAAAAUCAACAUCGUAAGAUGAUUUCCUCUAGUACUAUCCAUUCUUUCAUCAACAUAAAAUCGUAUGAAUGGAGUUAAAUAAAUGUAGAUUCAUCACGAUAGUGAAUAAAAACCCUACCUAUCCAUUCAGUGUUAAUCAUUGAUUUUAAAGCCUUUAAUGUUUAUUAAUGCUUAAUUUUUCGUGAAACACGGCUUAUGAAAUUCGCCUUGUUAAGUGCAAGUUGUGUAUUCCAAUUGUAAAUAACUAAGUUUUAGCUGUAAAACAGAUUGUAUAAGUGAAUAUGCAGUUGUCCUAAGAAAACGGAGAAAAAGCUGUCAAGAUAUAAGCGUACAAAGAAAGUUUAAUGAUAAAUUUGUUUAUCAAGGAUCUUUCUGUUGACUUGAAAACUCUAUGGAUCAUUAAAAUUGAGUUAUAGGCAAUGUGAAUUAGAUCUAUCCUUAAUGACUUAAGUAAUUAUUGCAACUUAGGAAAUGCUCUUUUUGUAGUCUUGGUAUCAUACUUAUGUGAAGACCACACAUAUUAUUAAAUUGCUUGAACGAGCUCAAAUUCAGCUGUUAGAUCGACUGAGAUAUUAUAGAUAGAGCUUAGGAACUAGAUGUAUUCUAAUUUGACUGGUGUUGACGGCUUACCGUCCCAGUUUAUAAAAGAUGAAACUUUUUUGAUAACCACAGAGGAAGUGGCUUAUACUGAGUCACGAAACGUCAGAAAAUUUAAUUUUUCUACUCAUUGGGAUAUUACAAAUAUAUUAAUUUACUCACACAGGAAUUGGUGUCUAAAAUAUUACUCAAUAGUCAAUCAAUACUCAACUAGGGCUUGCGAACAGUAAAUCUGGGAAAAACAGACUGGUUCCCAACCUGGACGUGGAUUUAUCGACCAACUGUUGAACUAAUAUAUACAUAUGUACUAAGUUGUUUAUGACAGACUAUCCGAACAAGGGUCCAAACUCCUUACUAACUGAUUUAAUCAUUUAUGCCUGGAUUAUCAGGUGGAAACGCCUCCCCCAAAAAUGUUUGUAGUAAAGGGAAAUAAUCCAAUACUGAUAAGUGGAUAAAUUGAACAACUUUAAUUCCCGAUUCCAAACAUGUCAAUGUUAAUCAUGAAUGAGUAGAAGUUUGUUACUAUUCUUCCUUAGUUUUUUUCUAUUACACACACGUGAAUACCUUAUUGGGAUGGAAUACUGAAAAAACAGAAGCUAUGUUGGCUUCUGUACUCAAACAUAGACAAAAUAUGGAGCUUGGGGAUCCUAGAGAAAUUCUUUCGUCCAAAUCACUUAUAACAAAUUUUUUUCAGAUUGAGAAUCAAAAGAUUUUCCAAAAAUCAGAAAUUGCUAGUCAUCCCGUUGAUUCAUCAGAGUUGGAUGAAGUAACGGUACCGAGUAAGCGCGUUCGUCACGCAGCCAGUCGCUUACGAAAUCAAAGAACAACAGAUCGAUUUUUUAAAGCUCCCAGCACUUCACAGCAUACAGCACUAGUGAAAGAUGUAAAUAACCUGCUUUCUGAAUUACCUAAACUACGUCAGACUCGACGGAGGCAAUCUGUGGAAAAACCUCCAGAGCAAACGAAGACUUUACCCGAGAAAAAACGCAAGGAGAAGGCUCAGGUUAAACCCCAACGUCGUGUAGUAGAACGUGUAUGUUUAUCCGAAGAAGAUGAAGAUUAA